UCUCCGUCAGUGUACUGAGCCACUCGGAGAUGGAGGAACGUUCCUCCCUCUUCUAAGAUAUCUAAGGUGAAAAAGGUCGUUUUUGCCCUAUAACGACCUAUUUUGAAUGUAAUAGGAAAGUGAAGGAAUCAAGCCGCAGUUAGAAAGUUACACUGUGUGGCGACAUCCGGCAGUCUUUCGUUCGCUUGGAUUAUGUCGGACCCCAACCCCUCCAACCCGAGGGCCGCGCCCUCUGACGCGGACCCGGACUCGCCCCGCGCCUCCCGAGACCGCCUGAGCAGGAGGAGGAUGCAGAGGUUCUUCCUGAUAGGGGACCGCGACCACUCCCCCCCGUCGUGUUCCGACUCGGAUGACGACUGGUACGGGGAGAUGCUGAUGAUGAAAAUGAUGCGUGGAGACCCCUGCCCGCGAAAGGGCAUGUGGCGGCCGCCGCGCGCGGUCUCGCCAGAACCGCAGGAGGAAGAGAUCGUGGGCGCCGACGGGCUCGUGGACCGUGGACUCGUGCACAGCGACGCCAGGCUCUUCGAGGCCAAGGAGAAGAUGGAAAAUGGCGAGAUCGCGACCCGUUUCGUGCUGCAGAUGCCGUCUUUCGUGCCCCCUGAGCUCCUGGGCGACUCCUCCGCAGAGGCGGGCCCUUCGGCCGCCAACAGCUACAACCUCCUGAUGGCCGACGUGUCUGGAUCGAUGACGUCGUACUGGCCAGCCGUUGUCUCGGGCUGGAACACCUUCGUCGCGCCCAAGCUGAGGGGGCGCACAGACCUCUAUGUCUUCGGCAGUUACGUUGAACUGCUGAGGACUGGCACUGAGCUGAAGCGGUCAGACUUCACUAGCGGUCAGACAGAUUUGACAGGUGCCCUGCAGACAAUCGUCGACAAAGUAUACACCUGCAAAGAAAAAUAUGUCAAAGUGUUCAUCAUUACUGACGGAGACCACAACCAGUCGUCCGACCCUCCAGAGACUGUCAUAUCGCUGAUGAGGGAGCCGAAAGGUAAAAUUUGCGACGUCUAUUUGCUGGGGGCUGGAAAAAGUUUCCCCGUUCAGUACAGCGUCAACAUCCGGUCCCGUCUACAUAAUGGCAGCACCAAUCUGCCGACACUCUUCUGGGCCGAGCACUCUUCAGAUGUAGAGAAUCAGAUGAAUGCCAUCAGCAAGAACCUUGCUAGCAUGAAUGAAAGAAGUUUAAAGCUUUCUGUUCCGGGCUGGAAACUGCCCGGCACAAGAUCCACACAAAAUUUCCAUAUUCUAGAGUGGGUCUUCUUUCCAGAGGAUCCUGAAAAGCAUGGAAGUCUCAAGGUCUCUCUUAAUAAGUAUGAGUGUCAGCUGGCUCUAGAGCGCCCCAAGAUCACCUCUGACAUCUUGAGCAAGGUAUUCCGCCAGUGGAACAGCAUAGCCGUCCAGUUUCACAACGUAGGGAAGCGCGUUCCUUCGGACCUCCUUCCCCUCAUGGAGCGUCUCUUUUAUACCAAUCUGCAGAUGGGUGUUGAAGGGCACUCUGUAGCAGCAAGGGUUGCACGAGUAAAUGCCAAGACAGUCGAGUUGGAAUUCAGAACAAACAUGAACAAAGUCAAGGAAAUCCUGACCACUGAGAAACACAGUGAUGCCCUAAGAUUAGCAGAAAACAUCCUCAGCACUACUGUGACUGCUGGCAAAUACGAAGUCAGGUCCCUGCAGCUGAAAGGCCACUCUGAGCUUGAUUAUGAAAAGGACUGUCAAGAUUUCAAAAAGGUGUAUGAGACAAUAAAGGCAGAGCUGAUGGCCAUGACUGUGACGCCAGAGGAGUGCUGCCGCGUAACCAUGAGUUCAACGAUCUCGGACCUCCAAGACGAAGACUUCCUCCAGAUGCUGAGCCUGAAUAAGUACGAGUUCCUCAAACAAUUUACCAUGAGUGGCAUCCCAGUGUUUUCGCCAACCAGAGACUCGGUAAGUUUAAAUCCCUGGUCCUACAAUAUCACGAGGAUACUCAGAUCCCCAUACACCACCCUGAGUCAAGUGGCCCUUGAGUCCUACGCUUCAAAUAAUGAACCAGGCGCACGUCAUAAGGACAUCAAACUGAAAGAGGAUGAUGAUAAUACUAAUUUCAAUGCUGUCAUCCCAGUGUUUAGCCCAGAAGCUGCAAAGCUGAUGGAACCUCUUGUUCAAACACGCCUUUAUGCCAUGUGUGUUACCUUCGCCAUUCUCAAGAACCCUCACAUCAUAGAGUACAAUAUACAUAUAGCAGCUCUGGCUACCUGCUGGGUGAGGAUACUGUAUGAGCACCCAGAAGUCCCACGGCCAGAGUAUGUUUGCCUCCGAGAGGAGAGCAUAAUCGCCACGGCUUCACUGUAUAUGAAAAGGAAAGGUAAUGUCGACUACUGCAAGCUCCUGACUGAGGACACACCACAGGCACUAAUGACGGAAAGCACCGUGAAGAUAAACAAACGUCCAGUCAAGUGUGAAUCUCUCAUCAAGCCAAUGUUUAUGCUUUAUUUCUUAAAGCAGAGAGAGGAAUUAGAGAUGGCGGAAGUUGCGAAGAUUGUCCGGCUGAUUUUGGUUGAAUUUGUCGGGCGCAACAUGAGCCACAUCAGGAACUCAAAGAAAAACAGCACACCUUAUACAGAUUUCUUUGUGGCCAUGCUUAAGGAUGAAGAUAAGAAAAAGGAGUUUUUACAAAGUUAUGCUGAGAAGGUAAAGGCGACAAUCGACAAAGGGGAGAGCUCAGCAGCCUUUCCUCUCUCAAAGUUCUACACACUUGAGGAAGUCCAGAAAGAUGCCAAAAAGAAGAGUGUAGUGCAGAUGAGAGCAGUCAGAGAGAAAUUUGCACUGCAGGUGCGGGUGUGCAUGGAUAAGGUGGAAAGACUCUUCAACGUGUCCCUGGCCGGAGCCGUCUCGUGGCGCACCCUCAGGACUUAUGCCAGGGAGAUGGGCCUGCCCGCAGAUGUCGUGGAAGAGUUGUUUGCUGAGAAGAGUGCAUUCGUUUACACUCAGCAUGCACUGCGAUACAGUUCCUCGAAGGAGCGUCUGUUAGCUAAGAUCGAUAGCUAUGAAGAUGCCUUCAGUUAUGUGAUGAGGCAAGUCGAAAUGGAAAACGUAAACAAUAUGGUAAACACGCUUCUAAAUGACAUGGUCAGCUCUUACGAAAGUGCCUGGCUGACUGAGUACCACCAAGCCCAUUCUGAUGUGGUAAGACCCAUGAGCAAGGAGCAGAUUCUAGCGGAGGCUGCAGCCCGUGGAAUCGAGGUCACAGCUGCGACAUUUGAUCAAGUGUAUCGGAAGUACCGCCCACAUCUAGGGCUUUUGAGCAAUGCCUGUCAGUGCCCUUCCUGCCCCUUCUUCCUCCAGCCAAACAAGAGGUACAAUCAGCACGCAAUAGUGGAGCGGCGCAAAUCAACUCUGUUCCCUCACGGAUUCCACCAAGUUGCAUACGACUGUCGUGAAGAAGGCCUAAAGAAUGCCAUCAGCGAGUUCCAAACUGGCACCCACAGGAAACACAAGGGCCAAGGCAAGCCAUUGCCAAAGGAAGCCGUCGCUCCCCUUCUUCAAGACAUGGAACAGCUGACAGUCACUUACUCUCGAGCCAAGUAAUAGAAACGGAGGGAGGGAGGUGAUGUAGGGAUGAGAGCUCGUCCAUUCACACAGUUCGCUCAAGAAUUAGAAUGUUUUGUUCUGGGAGGUUAUUCACUCGUCUUCAGACCCUGCGCUUCAUCACACAAGGCUAGCCUUUCGUGUUGACGUACUUGCCAUGCAUAGUGUCUCAUUCUAAAGGAAUUGUCUGUGUUUUAUUGGUAUACCAUUAUUAUUUUUAUUAUUAAAAUCAUCACCAUUAUCAUUAUUAUUACUGUUAUUGUUAAUAUUAUUAUUAUCGCUUAAUCAGGUAAAUGAGACCUACUUUUUUACAGGUAAAUAAGUCACAUAUAUUUUCUUAUAGACAACUCCAAAUGUGCUUUGUUUUUAUAUUUCUUGUCUUUUCUUUUCGAUAAUUACAACCAAACUGUUAACUAAAACGUGCAGGAAAUGAGCUUUGGCUGCAUCUGACCAAAACCCAUCCGCACUGUAAAAUAUGGGAAGACACGAGACGAGACUGAUUCCCAAAUGAGGACAUCUUUCCAAAGAGCCUCCUUUCAGGUAGAAAUUCUCUACCAAUUUCCACAGACCCACAAUUUCUUUCUCUUCAAGGGGGAUGUGGAUAUAUCUUUAUAUUGAUUGCUGGUAGAAGAACCUUUUAAAGAUAACUUGGUCCGAAUUAAAUAAACUGAAGUACCUUGCUUGCUUUGUGCCCACACGGUGCAGCCUCCGAGUGGCGUGGGCGGUAACAUACGCAUAGGGGAGGGGGACAGAGCUCGGCGGGGCGGGCAAGAGAGCAGAUGCACUGAGAGAAAGGGAGAUGAGGGGGGAUUGAGAAAGGGAAGGAAACGGGAGAUGAGAACAGGCGAAGAAGGGUAUGAAUGAUGCCAGGCCUGUCGUAUGGCAGAUGCACCUUUGUAGUAAUAAGACUAAUGCAUGGGAAGCAUGAUUAUUUCCGUAUUGACUGUAUAUAUUUAGGAAUAGAAAGUAUUUGUGUGUGUUGUGAAAUAAGAAUAGAAAUAGACUGAUCUAUAUAAUAGGAUACUGCUAACCGAUUUUUAUUGAAUUUUGAAGCAAUGCAAAAUAUUUUCUGUUGAUAGGAAUUUUUUUGAUUUGUGUUCCAUUUCGUCUGUAAUAUAAUUUCUUGUUUUUUUAUAGAAUUUCUGUAUGGUAAAGAUAGUCUAGCUUAUAUAUAUUCUAUAAGCUGUAUCAUGUUACUACAUUUGCUAAUUAAGGCCAAAUUUUCCCCUGAGCAACAGAUAUGUUGUGUGGGUGAAAUUCUGUUCGGAAUAUUUCAUUACUAUGCUGUUUAUUCAACCUUUUGGACAAAAGAUUGGACACCUAA